GUAAAGGCAGGAUGGAGAAAACGGGCGCGGGCCUGGGGGAGCCGAGCCCCGAUCCGGUGCGCAGCUUCGAGCGCUGGAAGCAGAAAUACGCCAAGCGCAAGAACAAGCUGCGGCUGCAGCGCAAGCAGAAGAAGCGGCCCGAGUGGGAGGUGGAGAGGGAGGGCAUCGCCAGCUUGGAGCGACGCUACUCGGAGAUAAAUGCAAAAGAAAUUGUCAGAUUUUCGGAUUUCCCAUUGUCUAAGAAAACAGUGAAAGGCUUGCAGGAAUCUCAGUAUCGCAUGGUAACCGAAAUCCAGAGGCAGACCAUAGGUUUGGCUUUACAAGGUAAAGAUGUGCUGGGAGCUGCCAAGACCGGAUCAGGCAAAACCUUGGCUUUUCUUGUACCUGCUCUGGAAAUCUUAUACCGCCAGCAGUGGACUUCCAUGGAUGGGUUGGGAGUUUUGAUAAUUUCACCUACCAGAGAGCUGGCCUACCAAACAUUUGAGGUUCUGCGUAAGGUGGGGAAGAAUCAAGACUUCUCAGCGGGUCUUGUCAUCGGUGGAAAGGACUUGAAACAAGAAUCGGAAAGAAUCCACAAUAUAAAUAUACUCAUAUGUACUCCCGGUCGACUUUUGCAGCACAUGGACGAAACGUCGUAUUUCCAUGCCUCUAAUCUGCAAAUGCUGAUACUAGAUGAAGCCGACAGAAUUUUGGACAUGGGCUUUGCUGAGACGAUGAAUGCGAUUGUAGAAAACCUUCCCAAGAAACGCCAAACGCUGCUUUUCUCGGCCACGCAAACCAAAUCUGUGAAGGACCUGGCCCGGCUGAGCUUGAAAGAUCCGGAAUAUGUUUGGGUGCACGAAAAAGCAAAGUUCAGUACUCCAGCAACUUUGGAACAGAACUACACUGUUUGUGAACUGCCUCAAAAAGUCAGUAUGUUGUACUCGUUUUUGAAAACUCACCUGAAUAAGAAGAGUAUUGUAUUUUUUGCAAGCUGUAAAGAGGUUCAGUAUUUGUUUAGAGUGUUCUGCCGACUUCGGCCUGGGCUUCCUAUGCUGGCUCUUCAUGGCAAGCAGCAACAGAUGAAAAGAAUGGAGGUCUACAACGAUUUUGUGCGCAAGAAAUCGGCAGUUCUCUUUGCUACGGAUCUUGCAGCUCGGGGGCUGGAUUUCCCCGCCGUGAACUGGGUCAUUCAGUUUGACUGUCCGGAAGAUGCAAAUACGUACAUUCACAGAGUUGGGAGAACGGCCAGGUUCAAAGAAGGCGGCGAAGCUCUGCUUGUGCUGCUUCCUUCUGAGGAAAACAGUAUGAUUCAGCAGUUGUCACAGAAGAAAGUUCCUGUCAACAACAUCAAAAUCAACCCUGAGAAGCUUGUAGACAUCCAGAAGAAGUUGCAGUCAUUCUUGGCUCAAGAUCAAGAGUUGAAAGAGAGAGCACAACGGUGUUUUGUUUCCUAUCUGCGAUCCGUCUACCUAAUGAAGAACAAAGAAGUUUUUGAUGUAUUCAAAUUACCCAUAGCUGAAUAUGCCCUCUCUCUUGGGCUUGCAGUGGCCCCUCGUGUCCGGUUUCUUCAGAAGGUGCAGAAGAAAAUGUUUGAGAACGAGCCUGAAAAAGAAAACCCUUUAAAGGGGACGGAGCAGCCUGAAGAUGCAGGUUUUUCUGUAAGCAAUGAAGAAGCAGAGUACUGCAGAGUACCCUUCAGUGAAGCGGUAAAGUUAGGAGGAGAGGAGAUGAAAGAGUUCUCCAACAAAGGCAGUGAAACUGAGAAUGACACAUCUCAGGAUCAGCCUGAGACGGGAGAAGAGCCUGUAACAGUCAAGGGUUCAAAAGCUGAACGCCUGAAGUUUUUUGAAGAGGAUGAUGGUGACGAUGAUGACGACACUAAGGACUUUGAUGUGCUGACUGUAAAACGGCGGAAUGUGUUUGGCUUGGAAGCAAGAGACAAUAUAGUACCGAAUACAUCAAAUUCAAAGCUGAAGAAGAAAAUAACUAAAACAAAAGAAGCUAAAAAGGUUUUGAAGAGAAAAUUUAAAGUAAACACAAAAAUCAUAUUUACUGAAGAUGGGGAGUUAAUUCAGCAAUGGCCACCGGCACAAAAGUCUGUCCAAGACAAAGCAAAAGAUGAUGACAAUUCUGAUGGCAUCGAUCUAGACAAAGCAAAAGAGAGGUUGCAGGAAGAGGACAAAUUCGACAAAGAAGAAUAUAGAAAGAAAAUUAAAGAAAAACACAGGGAAAAAAGGCUGAAAGAAAAGGCAGCCAGGAGGGAAGCCAGAAAAAGAAGUGCCAAGGUUGAAGAGGAAAAUGUAGCCUUUCUCGAUUGCAGUGAAAGUGAUGAUGAAUUUGAUCCAAGCACCCUCCCAGACCCUGAUAGAUAUAGAGAUUCUGACCAAGAGGCUGAUCCAGAAAGUUGUGGUGAGCUUGGGAUGGAAAAACAACAUUUUGGCAGAAGCCCAUCAGCGGUGGAAAGCGCACCAAAAAGAAAGAAGAUGAAACUUAUUCAAGAGGACUCAUUUGCACCAUUAGAUACUGGCCUUUCGCUUGCAGAAGAUGAAGCACUGGUAUUACAUCUGCUCAACAAUUGAAGAUAAAAAUAAAUAAAUCCCUCUCUUAUUCCAAAGCUAUUUUUGUCUUUGUUAUUACUUAGGGCAGUAUCCAAUGGGACACUGUGCCCCCACUAAUUCUGUUGCACCAAUUCUGUUCUGCAAGCUAGGCCCACUGCUUGCGCAACAUAGAUUUAGUGCUUCCGGAGCAAUCAGAAACUAAUGGAAAUGCUUGCUUAUAGAACAGGGCAGGUCAGCAAAGCUCUCAUAAGACAACUCUGCCAACCUGUCUUGAUCCAGAAAAGAGCAUUUCUGUUACUUUCGGGGCCUACUACAAGAAGCAUUCAAUGUCUGUUGUGCAAGUGGUGGGUUGAAUUAGGACAGCCAUAUGGAAAGGAGGACAGGGCUCCUGUACCCUUAGCAGUUGUGUAGAAAAGGGAAUUUCAGCAGGUGUCAUUUGUAUGCAUGCAGCACCUGGUGAAAUCUCCUCUUUAUCACAACAGUUAAAAGUUGCAGGAGCCCUGCCCUCUUUGGUAUGUUGUAAGUCUAGUAUAGCCACCUAUUCAUACAGUAAUAUGUAUUGCCAGUUGAAUGCCAAUAAAUAUUACUGUAUCAAUGUCUGAAACCAUGGUCUUUCCAAUGGAAGGCUCAUUAUCAGUUUGGUUAAUUAGCUUACUUUAGAUGCUAUAAGGAUUUCUGAACUUUCAGAUCUUCUGAUACUUUCUAAAUAGAACCUAAACUUUUGAUGACUUUUUAAAGCUGAAAUUGUUGUAAAGUGUAUUAUUGCUGUAUAGAAAUACAGGACCUUUGUGUAAUUGGGAUAAAGGGACUUUAUUAUACUAGUUAGCCUUGUUGUAGGUAAUUGACCAAAAAAAAAAAAAGGAUUGUAUGAAUAAGCACAUAAUUUUGCAUAUUAAUAAUGAUACACCUUUUUUGCAAAAUGAAAUCAGAUAUGGCUUCACUGUAAUAAUUUGUUUUAAAGUUUUUAUUUGAAAUUCUGAAACUUUGGAAUAAAUACCCCUAUCC